GAGGGGAGAGGGAGGGAGAUAGGGAGGGCGGCGGCGCCGCCGCUGCUGCUGAGGAGAAACUCCGGAGGGGAAGCUGCACCCGCCAGCCUCCGCCCCUGUAGCGGGAAGGGGGGAAGCGAGCAGCCAGGCCUCCCGUCCCCGCCCCGGAGGCACACGGUCCUGGCCAGAGCUCGGCGCGCCCGCCGGUGGGAGGGAACGGCGGCCGGCGCUGCGCCCGGGGCAGAGGGCGAGCGGGCAGCCGAGGCCCCGAGGCGCCGCCUGAGGAGGGGGGUGUUCCUGCACCCCCGGCCCCGGCCUGGGUGGAUGAGCAGCCUCCCGGGUGGUGACGGCGGCUUUUGCGGCCUCUCCAUGGCUGGGCCCCGGCGGUGAAGGCAGCGGGAGCCGCCUGUGUCCGCCGCGCAGGCAGCGCAGCCACCAGGGGGCGGGCGGGGAGGGGGAUGAGCGCUGCAGCCGCCUCUGCGGGAGCUGCUGCCGCUGCCUGCGCCGGGGCCGAGGGCGGCUUCUUCUUCUUUUCCAGCGGCUCCGUUCCGGCAGGGCCCAUGGGGCCCGAAGAGGGCUCAGCCGGCGGGCUGGGAGCUCUGCCCGGCGCCCUGGCGCCGCCGUCGUUGGGCUGCCGGAGCCGCUACCAGCUGCUACUCUCCGGGAAGGCCCUGGCCGAUAGAUACCGGAAGAUUUACACGGCGGCGCUGAGCGACCGGGAGCUGGGGAGCCACCCGGGCAGAAGUAAGAAACUUUUUAGCAAGAAAAAAUUGAAAAGGAAACAGAAGACUAAAUUGAAAGUAAAAACGCGCAACAAGACUGAAAACCUAGAGAGUACAAUAACCAUACCGGAUAUCAGAUUACAUAGCAACCCCUCAGCUUUUAAUGUUUACUGCAAUGUCCGCCAUUGUGUGUUGGAGUGGCAAAAAAAGGAAGCAUCUAUAUCUUUGGCUUCGAAGAAUAGUGUACAGAGUGGGGAUUCGGACAGUGAUGAAGAGGAGGAAUCCAAAGAGCCACCUAUUAAACUUCCAAAGAUCAUUGAAGUUGGAUUAUGUGAAGUCUUUGAACUGAUAAAGGAGACAAGAUUUUCCCAUCCAUCCUUGUGUCUCAGGAGCCUACAAGCCCUACUUAAUGUGCUCCAGGGCCAGCAACCAGAAGGUCUGCAAUCAGAGCCCCCUGAAGUCCUAGAAUCCCUGUUCCAGCUUCUUCUGGAGAUAACUGUCCGUAGCACGGGAAUGAAUGACAGUACUGGGCAGUCCUUGACAGCACUUUCCUGCGCUUGCCUCUUCAGUUUGGUAGCUGCAUGGGGAGAGACGGGAAGAACGUUGCAAGCAAUCUCUGCUAUCCUCACCAAUAAUGGCAGCCAUGCUUGUCAGACUAUUCAGGUGCCUACCAUUUUAAACUCUCUUCAGCGGAGCGUACAGGCAGUUCUGGUGGGCAAAAUCCAAAUCCAGGACUGGUUCAGUAACGGGAUAAAGAAGGCAGCCUUGAUGCACAAAUGGCCAUUGAAAGAAAUAUCUGUAGAUGAGGAUGACCAGUGCCUACUUCAGAGUGAUGGUUUUUUUCUCUAUCUCUUAUGUAAAGAUGGACUUUACAAAAUCGGCUCUGGAUAUAGUGGGACAGUGAGGGGCCAUAUAUACAAUUCUACAUCCCGCAUCAAAAGCAGAAAGGAAAAAAAGUCUUGGUUAGGCUAUGCUCAGGGUUAUUUAUUAUAUAGAGAUGUGAAUAAUCACAGUAUGACAGCUGUAAGAAUAAACCCUGAAACUCUGGAACAAGACGGUACAGUUGCUUUGCCAGAUUGUCAUACUGAAGGGCAGAAUAUCCUUUUCACUGAUGGAGAAUAUAUUAAUCAAAUAGCAGCAUCUAGAGAUGAUGGCUUUGUAGUGCGAAUAUUUGCAACAAGUACUGAGCCAGUACUACAACAAGAACUGCAGCUUAAGCUUGCAAGAAAAUGCUUACAUGCCUGUGGCAUCUCACUGUUUGAUCUGGAGAAAGACUUGCACAUUAUCAGUACAGGGUUUGAUGAGGAAUCAGCUGUCCUUGGUGCUGGAAGAGAGUUUGCACUAAUGAAAACUGCUAGUGGAAAGAUUUAUUAUACUGGCAAAUAUCAGAGCCUUGGAAUCAAACAAGGUGGUCCUUCAGCAGGAAAAUGGGUUGAGCUCCCAAUCACAAAAUCUCCAAAGAUUAUUCAGUUCUCUGUUGGACACGAUGGCUCACAUGCCUUACUUGUUGCUGAGGAUGGAAGCAUAUUCUUCACAGGCUCUGCUAGUAAAGGAGAGGAUGGUGAAUCAACAAAAAGCAGGCGACAGUCAAAACCAUAUAAGCCUAAAAAAAUUAUUAAAAUGGAAGGAAAGAUUGUUGUAUCUACAGCGUGCAAUAAUGGAAGCAGUUCUGUAAUUUCAAAAGAUGGAGAACUCUACAUGUUUGGAAAAGAUGCCAUUUACUCUGAUAGUACAAGUUUAGUAACAGACUUGAAAGGCCAUUUUGUGACUCAAGUAGCCAUGGGCAAAGCUCACACUUGUGUGUUAAUGAAGAAUGGAGAAGUUUGGACAUUUGGCGUAAACAAUAAAGGACAGUGUGGACGAGACACAGGCUCCAUGAGCCAGGGAGGAAAAGGUUUUGGAGUUGAGAACAUGGCAACAGCAAUGGAUGAAGACCUAGAAGAGGAGCUGGAUGACAAAGAUGAGAAGUCCAUGAUGUGUCCUCCAGGCAUGCAUAAAUGGAAGCUGGAGCAGUGUAUGGUAUGCACUGUAUGUGGAGAUUGCACAGGGUAUGGAGCUAGCUGUGUUAGCAGUGGGCGUCCUGACAGAGUACCUGGAGGAAUCUGUGGCUGUGGCUCAGGAGAGUCCGGCUGUGCUGUAUGCGGCUGCUGCAAGGCGUGUGCUAGAGAGCUGGAUGGCCAGGAAGCAAGGCAAAGAGGAAUCCUUGAUGCUGUAAAAGAGAUGAUACCUUUAGAUCUCUUGCUGGCUGUCCCUGUUCCUGGGGUUAAUAUUGAAGAGCACCUUCAGUUACGGCAAGAGGAAAAGCGGCAACGUGUAAAUAGGAGACAUAGAUUGGAAGAGGGAAGAGGCCCCCUUGUAUUUCCUGGUCCUAUUUUUAUGAACCAUCGAGAACAGGCUCUAGCCAGAAUCAGACCCCAUCCAGCACAGCUAAAGCAUAAACGGGACAAGCACAAAGCUUUGAAUGGGGACAAUACAAAUCAAAGUACAGGCUUUAUGCUGCAAUAUUCUUCAGUUAAACGUUCUUUUGCAGAAUUACCAGCCCAUGGUGACCCUGAAUUUACAGCACCACGGUCAGCUGCCCCCAGUGACAUCUUGCCAGACCGGACAGCCAGUUGUUGCCUGGAUAAGUACCACGGACAGCGAUUGUUCGAACAGUUAAUGCAGGACGAGUUUGCAAAGACCAGGGGAUGUCCCACUUUGGUGCAGGCAUUACCGGGUCCUAGUACACAGGUUACUGCUGGGAGCAACCACACAGCUAUUCUCUUAAUGGAUGGCCAGGUUUUCACAUUUGGAAGUUUCUCAAAAGGUCAGCUUGGUAGACCAAUUCUGGAUAUGCCCUACUGGAAUGCAAAACCAGCACCUAUGCCUAAUAUAGGCUCUAAAUAUGGACGCAAAGCAACAUGGAUUGGAGCGAGUGGAGACCAGACUUUUCUCCGGAUCGACGAAGCUCUCAUUAAUUCUCAUGUGCUUGCUACAUCAGAGAUAUUUGCAAGCAGGCAUAUAAUAGGUUUGGUACCAGCUUCAAUAUCAGAACCUCCUCCUUUUAAGUGUCUUCUGAUAAACAAAGUAGAUGGCAGUUGCAAAACAUUCAAUGAUUCUGAGCAGGAAGACCUUCAAGGUUCUGGUGUGUGUCUGGAUCCUGUCUAUGAUGUUAUUUGGAGGUUUCGACCAAAUGCUAGGGAACUGUGGAGUUACAAUGCAGUAGUUGCCGAUUCCAGACUUCCCUCAGCUCCAGACAUGCAAUCCCGGUGUAGUAUUUUGAGUCCAGAACUUGCUCUACCAACAGGUUCCAAAGCUCUAACCACCAGAUCUCAUGCAGCUUUGCACAUUCUAGGUUGUCUUGAUACUUUGGCUGCUAUGCAGGACUUAAAAAUGGGCGUAGCAAAUACAGAAGAGGAAACUCAAGCAGUAAUGAAAGUUUAUUCUAAAGAAGACUAUAGCGUUGUUAACAGAUUUGAAAGUCAUGGAGGUGGCUGGGGUUAUUCAGCUCACUCGGUAGAAGCUAUCCGUUUCUGUGCUGAUACGGAUAUUUUGUUAGGUGGUCUUGGCCUUUUUGGAGGAAGGGGUGAAUACACUGCUAAAAUAAAGCUGUUUGAAUUGGGUCCAGAUGGGGGAGACCAUGAGACUGAUGGAGACCUUCUUGCUGAAACAGAUGUCUUAGCGUAUGAUUGUGCUGCUAGAGAGAAGUAUGCAAUGAUGUUUGAUGAGCCAGUACUCCUACAAGCUGGCUGGUGGUAUGUAGCCUGGGCAAGAGUGUCAGGACCUAGCAGUGAUUGUGGAUCUCACGGACAGGCCUCUAUUACUACAGAUGAUGGUGUUGUAUUUCAGUUUAAAAGUUCCAAGAAAUCAAAUAAUGGUACAGAUGUUAAUGCAGGACAGAUCCCGCAGUUACUAUACAGGCUGCCAACAAGUGAUGGCAGUGCGUCCAAAGGAAAGCAGCAAACCAGUGAACCUGUGCAUAUUUUAAAGAGAUCUUUUGCCAGAACUGUCUCUGUGGAGUGCUUUGAAUCUUUAUUGAGCAUUCUUCACUGGAGCUGGACAACACUGGUGCUGGGAGUUGAAGAACUUCGUGGACUUAAAGGAUUCCAAUACACUGCUACUCUUCUGGAUUUAGAAAGGCUGCGUUUUGUGGGCACUUGCUGCCUGAGGUUGCUGAGGGUCUACACCUGUGAAAUAUAUCCAAUAUCAGCUACAGCAAAGGCAGUUGUAGAAGAAACAAGCAAACUAGCAGAUUGCAUUGGAAAAACUAGGACCUUGCUGAGAAAAAUUUUAUCUGAAGGAGUUGAUCAUUGCAUGGUGAAGUUGGACAACGAUCCACAAGGAUAUCUCAGUCAGCCCCUUAGUCUUUUAGAAGCUGUUCUUCAGGAAUGCCAUAAUACAUUCACAGCUUGCUUUCAUUCAUUUUAUCCAACACCGGCUCUCCAGUGGGCGUGUCUUUGUGACUUGCUGAAUUGUUUGGAUCAGGACAUCCAGGAAGCAAACUUCAAAACCUCCAGUAGCCGGCUUCUUGCUGCUGUUAUGUCUGCUCUCUGCCAUACUUCAGUAAAACUGACCUCUAUCUUUCCGAUUGCUUAUGAUGGAGAGGCAUUGCUGCGAUCAAUGGUCAAACAAGUCAGCACUGAGAAUGACUCUGCUCUGGCCCAUCGUUUCCCUCUUUUGGUUGCACACAUGGAAAAACUUAGUCAGAGUGAAGAAAAUGUUUCAGGGAUGACAAGCUUCCGGGAAGUGCUGGAAAAGAUGUUGGUCAUUGUUGUUUUACCAGUACGGAACAGCCUUAGAAGAGAAAAUGAACUUUUCUCUUCACAUCUGGUUUCCAAUACUUGUGGGUUGCUUGCUAGUAUUGUGAGUGAGCUCACAGCAUCGGCAUUAGGAUCGGAGGUUGAUGGGCUGAACUCUCUCCAUUCUGUCAAAUCCACUCCAAACCGAUUCACUAAAACAAGUCAGGGAAGAAGCUGGAAUACUGGGAACGGAUCCCCUGAUGCAAUAUGUUUCUCCGUUGACAAACCUGGUGUAAUUGUAGUAGGAUUUUCUGUUUAUGGUGGAGGAGGAAUUCAUGAGUAUGAGCUGGAGGUAUUAGUUGAUGAUAGUGACCAUACUGGAGAUUCGACUCAUUCUCAUAGAUGGACGUCUUUAGAGUUGGUUAAAGGAACUUACACCACCGAUGAUUCUCCCAGUGACAUAGCUGAAAUCAGACUUGACAAAGUUGUGCCACUGAAGGAAAAUGUGAAAUACGCAGUUCGUUUGAGGAAUUAUGGAAGCCGGACUGCCAAUGGAGAUGGAGGAAUGACCACAGUUCAGUGUCCAGAUGGUGUAACAUUUACUUUUAGUACAUGUAGUCUGAGCAGUAAUGGUACAAACCAAACACGAGGACAAAUUCCACAGAUUCUUUAUUACAGGAGUGAGUACGAUGGCGAUCUGCAAUCACAGCUUUUGAACAAAGCUAAUGAAGAAGAUAAAAAUUGUAGCAGGGCUCUUUCUGUCGUGAGUGCUGUUGUACGAGCAGCCAAAGACCUGUUGCACAGGGCUCUUGCUGUAGAUGCUGAAGACAUUCCAGAACUACUCAGCUCUUCCAGUCUGUUUUCAAUGCUGCUUCCCCUCAUAAUAGCCUACAUAGGACCAGUAGCAGCAGCUAUUCCCAAGGUUGCUGUUGAGGUCUUUGGCCUAGUACAACAGUUACUUCCUUCUGUGGCAGUUCUGAAUCAGAAAUAUGCCCCUCCAGCUUUUAACCCAAAUCAGUCUACAGACAGCACUACCGGGAACCAACCGGAGCAAGGGCUUUCAGCUUGUACUACCUCCAAUCACUAUGCUGUUGUAGAAAGUGAGCAUCCCUAUAAACCUGCCUGUGUUACGCACUAUAAGGUGACUUUUCCUGAAUGUGUCAGGUGGAUAACAAUAGAGUUUGACACUCAGUGUGGCACUGCUCAAUCAGAGGAUGUUCUUCGUUUACUAAUUCCUGUAAGAAUUGCACAGAGCCUGGGAUUUGGACCAAAGCAUGCUUCUGUUCAUGAAAACCUUAAUUCAUGGAUAGAACUGAAAAAAUUCUCUGGAUCUUCAGGGUGGCCUACCAUGGUAUUAGUAUUGCCAGGAAAUGAAGCUCUUUUAUCUCUGGAGACUGCGUCAGACUAUGUGAAGGAUGAAAAGGCUUGUUUUUAUGGUUUCAAAUGUUAUGCAAUUGGAUAUGAAUUUAGCCCAGGAUCUGAUGAGGGUAUUAUUCAGCUGGAGAAAGAAUUGGCCAAUUUAGGAGGAUCAUGUGCAGCAGCUUUGAUGAAGAAAGAUCUAGCGCUUCCUAUUGGUAAUGAAUUUGAAGAAGAUCUUGAGAUUCUUGAGGAGGCUGCUUUGCAGGUGUGCAAAUCUCACUCCGGCAUUCUUGGGAAAGGCUUGGCACUGUCUCACUCACCAACCAUUUUGGAAGCUCUUGAAGGAAAUCUUCCACUGCAGGUACAAAGCAAUGAGCAGUCGUUUCUGGAGGAUUUCAUUGCUUGUGUGCCAGGAUCAAGUGGUGGACGACUUGCAAGGUGGCUUCAGCCAGAUUCAUAUGCUGAUCCUCAAAAAACAUCACUGAUUUUGAAUAAGGAUGACAUUCGAUGUGGUUGGCCAACUGUUAUUACAGUACAAACAAAAGACCAGUAUGGGGAUAUUGUUCAUGUUCCUAAUAUGAAGGUAGAAGUUAAAGCUAUUCCUGUUUCUCAGAAAAAAACGUCUUUGCAACAAGAACAGGUUAAAAAGGUGCAAAGGAUACCAGGGAGUCCUGCAACAGCUGCUUCCCCUAGUAGUGAUAUGACCUUUGGAGGACUUCCUUCACCAAAGCUUGAUUCUUCUUAUGAGCCAAUGAUAGUAAAAGAAGCUCGAUAUAUUGCUAUUACAAUGAUGAAGGCAUAUGAAAAUUAUUCUUUUGAAGAACUACGCUUUGCUUCACCAACACCAAAGAGACCCAGUGAAAACAUGUUGAUCAGAGUUAAUAAUGACGGUACAUACUGUGCAAACUGGACUCCUGGAGCUGUUGGUCUCUAUACCAUCCACGUUACUAUAGAUGGCAUUGAAAUAGAUGCUGGACUAGAAGUGAAAGUAAAAGAUCCUCCGAAGGGAAUGAUACCUCCUGGAACACAACUUAUUAAACCAAAAGCAGAGCCUCAGCCAAACAAGGUUCGCAAAUUUGUGGCCAAGGACAGUGCAGGGCUUCGUAUCCGUAGCCACCCUUCCCUUCAGAGUGAGCAAAUAGGCAUAGUGAAAGUCAAUGGAUCCAUCACUUUCAUUGACGAGAUCCACAAUGAUGAUGGUGUUUGGCUGAGGCUGAAUGAUGAGACAAUAAAGAAGUAUGUUCCUAACAUGAAUGGUUACACUGAAGCCUGGUGUCUCUCUUUUAACCAACAUCUUGGCAAGAGCCUUCUGGUACCUGUUGACGAAUCUAGGUCUAAUACUGAUGAUUUUUUCAAAGACCUAAAUUCACACUGCCCACAGGAAGCAGUGAUGCAAGAACAAGAUAUGCCAUUCCUUCGAGGUGGACCUGGAGUGUACAAGGUAGUGAAGACUGGCCCAUCAGGUCACAACAUCAGAAGCUGCCCUAACCUUAGAGGUAUCCCAAUUGGAAUGUUAGUUCUGGGAAACAAAGUCAAGGCAGUGGGCGAGGUGACUAAUUCAGAAGGUACGUGGGUGCAAAUGGAUAAGAACAGCAUGGUAGAAUUCUGUGAAAGUGAUGAAGGCGAGGCAUGGUCAUUAGCUAGAGACAGAGGUGGAAACCAGUACCUCCGACACGAAGAUGAGCAAGUCCUUCUAGAUCAAAAUGUUCAGACUCCUCCCCCAAGUCCUUUUUCAAUACAAGCUUUCAGUAAGGGAACAAGCUGUAGUAAUGGACAAGGGUUUGAUUAUGGCCUUGGAAAUAACAAAGGUGACCGAAUGAAUUUCACAGGAGCUGCUAGACCGAUUUCUCCAGCAGGAAAAUCAGACAUGUCAUCAAAACACAGGGCUGACUGCAGGUCACCCAAGCUUGAUGUCCGAAUUAACAGAGCUGCUGCUGACCAGAAGAAACCCAGGAAUACAGAAGGCUUAUCUGCCAGUGAGUCUCUCUUGCUGAAAUCAGAUGCUGCAAAAUUGCGGUCAGACUCUCACAGCAGGUCUUUGUCUCCAAAUCAUAACACUUUGCAAACACUAAAAACUGAUGGAAGAACAACUACUGGUCUGAGAGCUGAAUCUCCAGGGCCAGGAACCCGGUCGUCUUCUCCAAAGACAAAGACACUUACAACCGUUAGAUCUGGUGCUAGUUCUCCACGGUCCUCAUCACCCCAUGACAAAACUCUACCUCAGAAAGCCUCAUCCCCUGUGAAAACAAAGCUUGAUCCUCCUCGAGAACGCUCCAAAUCAGAUUCUUACACAUUAGAUCCAGACACCCUUCGCAAAAAGAAAGUACCUCUAACGGAACCCUUAAGGGGGAGGUCCACUUCACCCAAACCAAAAAUUAUUGCAAAAGAUGGAAAACCUGUUACAGAAACUGAAAAUAGAGCUCCUUCCCCUCAUGUCGUACAAGAAAAUCUUCACAGUGAGGUUGUUGAAGUAUGUACUUCAAGUACUUUAAAGACUAACAGCAUUACGGAUAGCACCUGUGAAGACAGCACAGAAUUCAGAAGUCUGGACGAUGGUUCUAAUAAAGUUCAUUUCAGCAUAGGAAAAGCACCACUGAAAGAUGAGCAAGACAUGAGAGCAUCUCCGAAAGUGAGCCGUAAAUGUGCUGGUAGGCACACAAGACCCAAAAAGGAAAAAUCCAGCUUUCUUUUCAAAGGAGAUGGCUCCAAGCCUGUAGAGCCUGCCAAGCAAGCAAUGUCACCUUCUGUUGCAGAAUGUGCUAGAGCUGUAUUUGCUGCGUUUCUUUGGCAUGAAGGGAUAGUUCAUGAUGCUAUGGCUUGUUCAUCUUUUUUGAAGUUUAAUCCAGACCUGUCCAAAGAGCAUGCACCAAUACGAAGCAGUCUCACUCAACAACCUGCAGAGGAAAAAGAAACGAAGUUGAAAAAUAGACAUUCAUUGGAAAUAUCAUCUGCUCUUAAUAUGUUCAACAUCUCACCUCAUGGACCAGAUAUAUCUAAAAUGGGGAGCAUCAAUAAAAACAAAGUCCUCUCAAUGUUAAAAGAGCCACCUCUGCAUGAAAAGUGUGAGGAUGGAAAAACUGAAACUACCUCCUUUGAAACAUCCAGUCAUCACACAAUGAAAUCGAAGUCUCCUCUUCCAUUAACACUGCAGCACCUGGUAGCUUUCUGGGAAGAUAUUUCUUUAGCAACUAUUAAAGCAGCUUCCCAAAACAUGAUUUUUCCAAGUCCUGGUUCUUGCGCAGUGUUGAAGAAGAAGGAAAGUGACAAAGAUAACAAGAAAACCAAAAAAGAGAAAAAGAAAAAAGAAAAGGUUGAGACUAGGCCGAGGGGAAAUCUUUUUGGCGAGAUGGCUCAGCUUGCAGUGGGAGGACCUGAAAAAGACACCAUCUGUGAGUUGUGUGGAGAAUCCCAUCCAUAUCCAGUGACCUACCACAUGAGACAAGCUCAUCCAGGUUGUGGCCGUUAUGCAGGUGGCCAAGGUUAUAAUAGCAUUGGGCACUUCUGUGGAGGAUGGGCUGGUAAUUGUGGUGAUGGUGGUAUCGGAGGAAGCACUUGGUAUUUGGUUUGCGAUCGAUGCAGAGAGAAAUAUCUCCGUGAAAAGCAAGCAGCAGCAAGAGAGAAGAUUAAACAAUCUAGGAGAAAACCAAUGCAAGUUAAGACUCCUCGUGCCUUGCCAACUAUGGAAGCUCAUCAAGUGAUUAAAGCCAAUGCACUGUAUUUACUGUCACUGAGUAGUGCUGCUGAGCCCAGUAUCCUUUGCUAUCACCCUGCAAAAGCAUUCCAGUCUCAACUUCCCAGUGUCAAAGAAGGAAUUUCUGAAGACUUUCCCAUUAAAAUGCCAUGUCUCUAUCUACAGACUUUAGCAAGGCAUCAUCAUGAAAAUUUUGUGGGGUACCAAGAUGACAACCUCUUCCAGGAUGAGAUGAGGUACCUGCGCUCAACUUCAGUACCUGCACCAUACAUCUCAGUUACUCCUGAUGCAAGCCCUAAUGUCUUUGAAGAGCCAGAGAGUAACAUGAAAUCCAUGCCCCCAAGUUUGGAAACCAGUCCAAUAACGGAUACAGAUCUUGCGAAGCGUACAGUCUUUCAAAGAUCAUAUUCAGUUGUUGCAUCAGAAUAUGACAAACAGCACUCAAUUUUGCCAGCACGUGUAAAGGCGAUCCCUAGGAGACGAGUCAACAGUGGAGAUGCAGAAGUGGGGUCCUCUCUCCUGAGACAUCCAUCUCCUGAACUUUCUCGGUUAAUCUCCGCCCACAGCUCUCUUUCCAAAGGAGAGAGAAAUUUCCAGUGGCCAGUAUUGGCAUUUGUAAUCCAGCAUCAUGAUCUGGAAGGACUUGAAAUAGCAAUGAAACAAGCCUUACGGAAAUCUGCUUGCCGAGUCUUUGCCAUGGAGGCUUUCAACUGGCUUCUUUGUAAUGUCAUUCAGACAACUUCUCUUCAUGAUAUUUUAUGGCAUUUUGUGGCUUCCCUGACUCCUGCACCUGUAGAACCUGAAGAAGAGGAGGAUGAAGAAAAUAAAUCAAAUAAAGAAAAUGCAGAACAAGAGAAAGACACAAGAGUAUGUGAACAUCCUCUGUCAGAUAUAGUGAUUGCUGGUGAAGCAGCUCACCCAUUACCCCACACUUUUCAUCGCCUCCUCCAGACAAUCUCUGAUCUUAUGAUGUCUCUUCCCAGUGGUAGUGCAUUACAGCAAAUGGCCUUAAGGUGCUGGAGUCUCAAAUUCAAACAAUCUGAUCACCAGUUCCUGCACCAGAGCAAUGUUUUUCAUCAUAUCAACAACAUUUUGUCUAAAUCUGAUGAUGGAGAUAGUGAAGAGAGUUUUAGUAUCAGUAUUCAGUCCGGUUUUGAAGUCAUGAAUCAGGAACUGUGUAUAGUGGUUUGUCUAAAAGACCUAACCAGCAUUGUUGACAUUAAAACUUCAAGCCGACCUGCCAUGAUUGGGAGCUUAACAGAUGGAUCUACAGAAACAUUCUGGGAGUCAGGAGAUGAAGAUAAAAACAAAACUAAAAACAUCACAAUUAACUGUGUAAAAGGAAUCAAUGCACGUUAUGUGUGUGUUCAUGUAGACAAUUCCAGAGAUCUUGGGAACAAAGUAACUUCAAUGACCUUCCUAACUGGCAAGGCAGUAGAAGAUCUCUGCAGAAUAAAGCAGGUAGACUUGGAUUCAAGACAUAUUGGCUGGGUAACAAGUGAGCUUCCUGGGGGUGAUAAUCACAUCAUCAAAAUUGAAUUGAAGGGUCCAGAGAACACGCUAAGAGUUCGACAAGUGAAAAUUCUUGGAUGGAAAGAUGGUGAAAGCAUUAAAAUAGCAGGCCAGAUUUCUGCAAGUGUAGCUCAACAAAGAAACUGUGAAUCUGAGACACUGCGAGUAUUCCGACUUAUUACAUCCCAGGUAUUUGGAAAACUCAUCUCUGGUGAUGCUGAGCCAACCCCAGAACAAGAAGAAAAAGCACUCUUGUCUUCCCCAGAAGGAGAAGAAAAAGUACACAAUGCAACAUCAGAUGCAGACCUGAAGGAGCACAUGGUAGGAAUCAUAUUCAGCCGGAGCAAAUUGACAAAUUUGCAGAAGCAGGUAUGUGCUCAUAUAGUCCAGGCCAUACGAAUGGAAGCAACCCGUGUGCGUGAAGAAUGGGAGCAUGCCAUCUCUAGCAAAGAGAACGCCAACUCACAGCCUAACGAUGAAGAUGCUUCUUCUGACGCUUAUUGCUUUGAGCUGCUGUCAAUGGUUCUGGCACUGAGCGGUUCCAAUGUAGGCCGGCAGUACCUGGCUCAGCAGCUGACUCUGCUCCAGGAUCUCUUCUCGUUACUACACACUGCUUCUCCCAGGGUGCAGAGACAGGUAACAUCGUUACUAAGACGUGUUUUGCCUGAGGUAACCCCUAGUCGCCUGGCUAGUAUUAUAGGAGUGAAGUCUCUUCCACCAGCAGAUAUAAGCGAUAUCAUUCACUCAACAGAAAAAGGAGACUGGAAUAAACUAGGUAUCUUAGACAUGUUUUUGGGAUGCAUUGCCAAAGCUCUCACUGUACAGCUAAAAGCCAAAGGAACCACUAUAACAGGGACAGCUGGCACUACGGCAGGCAAAGGAGUUACUACAGUCACACUUCCAAUGAUCUUCAAUUCCAGCUAUAUUCGGCGAGGUGAAAGCCACUGGUGGAUGAAGGGUUCAACACCUACCCAGAUUUCAGAGAUCAUUAUUAAACUCAUUAAAGACAUGGCAGCAGGUCAUCUGUCGGAAGCUUGGUCCCGUGUGACAAAGAAUGCUAUUGCUGAAACCAUCAUAGCUCUGACCAAAAUGGAAGAAGAAUACAGAUCACCAGUGAGGUGCAUUGCAACAACCAGAUUAUGGCUGGCCUUAGCAUCCCUCUGUGUACUUGAUCAGGAUCAUGUUGAUAGACUAUCCUCAGGAAGAUGGAUGGGAAAGGACGGCCAACAAAAGCAGAUGCCAAUGUGUGAUAACCAUGAUGAUGGUGAAACUGCAGCAAUCAUUUUAUGUAAUAUCUGUGGGAAUUUGUGUACAGAUUGUGACCGAUUCCUUCAUCUCCAUCGUCGAACAAAAACUCAUCAGAGACAGGUAUUCAAAGAAGAAGAAGAAGCUAUCAAAGUUGAUCUCCACGAGGGUUGCGGUAGGACCAAACUUUUCUGGCUGAUGGCAUUAGCAGAUUCGAAAACUAUGAAGGCUAUGGUGGAGUUUAGAGAACAGACAGGCAAACCGACCACCAGCAGUUCCGAAGCAUGUCGUUUCUGUGGGUGUAGGAGUGGAACGGAAUUAUCAGCAGUGGGAAGCGUUUGUUCUGAUACAGAUUGCCAGGAGUAUGCUAAAAUUGCCUGCAGCAAGACACACCCCUGCGGUCAUCCCUGUGGAGGCGUUAAGAACGAAGAGCACUGUUUGCCGUGCUUGCACGGCUGUGAUAAGAACGCUACAACUCUUAAACAAGAUGCUGAUGACAUGUGCAUGAUCUGCUUUACUGAAGCACUUUCGGCAGCACCAGCUAUCCAGCUGGACUGCAGCCACGUUUUCCAUUUGCAAUGCUGUCAGCGAGUACUAGAAAACAGAUGGCUUGGGCCAAGGAUAACUUUUGGGUUUAUGUCCUGUCCUAUUUGCAAGAACAAAAUCAAUCAUACAGUAUUAAAGGAUUUGCUUGAUCCAAUCAAAGAACUCUAUGAAGAUGUAAGGAGAAAAGCGCUGAUGAGAUUGGAGUACGAAGGGUUGCACAAGAGUGAGGCCAUCACAACACCAGGUGUUAGAUUUUACAAUGACCCAGCUGGCUAUGCUAUGAACAGAUAUGCUUAUUAUGUUUGCUACAAGUGCAAAAAGGCGUAUUUUGGUGGCGAAGCUCGUUGCGAUGCUGAGGCUGGGCAAGGAGAUGACUAUGAUCCAAGAGAGCUUAUUUGUGGUGCAUGCUCCGAUGUUUCAAGGGCUCAGAUGUGUCCCAAACACGGUACAGAUUUCUUGGAAUACAAAUGCCGCUACUGCUGUUCAGUUGCUGUCUUUUUCUGUUUUGGGACAACGCAUUUUUGCAAUGCUUGCCAUGAUGAUUUCCAAAGAAUGACAAGCAUCCCUAAAGAAGAACUCCCACACUGUCCCGCAGGUCCCAAAGGUAAACAACUUGAAGGAACAGAAUGUCCACUUCAUGUUGUCCAUCCACCCACUGGUGAAGAAUUUGCUCUGGGUUGUGGGGUUUGCAGAAAUGCUCACACUUUUUAGACUAGCAGGUUUCUUACCCGAGCAAAACAGGUGCCCUCAUCCCUCAAGUGUCCUGAAAAUAAAGCCUAGCUGGGAUGAGGAUGGGACCAUUUCAUAACCCAGGUAAAAGGAACAAUUUACAGUGCAAGAAGGAUGCCAAAUACCAUGUACAUAAUUCUUGCUGUGAGAUAUUGACAUUUUUUUGAACCGAGACAUCAAAACUUGUGAGGUGUUUGCAUGUGGCCAUUACAGUCAUCGGCUAGGAAACAUUGGACAUUUACAAAUAAAUAAUUGCUGUUAAAGGAUCUGUGUGUCUGUGGACUAUGAAUGAUGCUGGCUUUCAGGAGAAAGAAAAAAAAAUAUUGAUUAUUGUAUACUGACUUUUUGUAAUCUUGUACAAUUGUAACGCAUCACAAGUGGGGAUGGGAAAGAGGAAUAUUCUGGUUUAUUUCCUAGACUGUUAUUAAAAAAAAAAUUGUGUUAGGAAGGCAUAAAUGUAUCAAGUAUCACGCUGUAUAUAAAGGUAUCAAUGUUUGUCCUGUAUAAGAAUUAUGAAAUUACAACAGCAGUUUCAUUUAAACUUCUGGGUUAUGUUUGAGCCUGAAAUUUUAAUGAAGUGCAAUACUGAGUGUGCCUCAUAUCUUGCAGCUGUAAACAUAAUGGAAUGUACAUGUCAAUAAAGCCACUGUACAUUUUUAUACAGUGAAAGUCUAAUUAAUGUGUAAGCCUCCA